AUGGUCUUUUUGCUCCUCUUCGUCUUUGUGAUCUUGCUUGUCUCGGAGAGUGCGCUCCCCCUGAGGACUCUGACUGCUGACGACGACUGCGACGCAUCGCCGGCAACAGCGGCGGAGAAGAGCGGCCGCCCGGAGGGCCUGGUUUUUGCAUCGAAAGGGAAUCCUCCUGCUUACACCAGCCAGGAGAAGACACAUCGCACGAGUUCUUGGAGGACAUCAUUCGAAGGAUAUUCAUUUCCUUCGCAGAAUUACAUCAACAAUGGCGUCAUCAGAUCGAGCACCGUGGAAGUGCAGAAUUUGCAGACAGCUGAGGAAACAUACAGCCUUGUACUGCACCAACUGCCAGCAACCAUGGCAAAACGUGAUCGACCAGUCCUACGUGCAUGGCUCGAAGCAGACAUCGCAACAGGACCAAGGUCAGCAUUACGGUUCACCAUGGCAACAGCAGCAAGAUUGGCAAGCUCAUUGGAACUCUUCGAACUCCAGAGGACGUACGCCCUCGCCGAGACAGCGACAGAGACCAAGGCCUACAUGGGUCCAAUGGGCACAAUACCUCAGAUGCCCACGAUGUAUCCUCAGCAGAUCAUGCCAUUCCCCAUGCAGCAGAUGGCAGGAAGCAUGCCCCCGCUACCGCCACCGCCGCCACAAAACAUGGCGAAGAUGCCGGCACCCAUGCCGGGACCUGCACCCAACAUGAGUGGGAACUUCGUAUCAUCAAUGCCCACGAUGCCUGCACCAGCGAUGCCAAAGAUGACCGUGACUUCGGUGCCAUCCAGCAAUGCUGCAGAUGCAGAAGUAAGAGGAUUGAUGUCCAUGAUGAGAGGACGACAAGCGGAAUUGCCGGAGGACAUGCAGCAGAAGGUUCAGAAGGUCCUCACCAAGUUCGGCCAGCAGACAUCGACCGACCUCCAUGCUGCGGUGACGGCGUUGGAUACGGCCAGGCAGAACUACGACGAUGCGGUUCUUGCAUGCAGCCAACAUCAUGCAAUGUGGAAGAAGUUUCUAUCGGACGCGGUCCAACUAUGGAGGACAUAUGCUGCUCAAUUCAUGGAGCAGGAACAGAAGCUGCAGGAGCAGGUGAUCACUCACAAAGAAUCACUGCUGACAGCCAAGAAGGACUUGGAGACCUGCAAGCAAGCCAAAUUGGGUGCUGGCGAUGUCCAACAGAUCAACUCGGACGACGAGACCGAGGAUCCAGAAACAGCAGCGGCAUUACAAGCCUCUGUCAAGAUCACAGAGACGAUGGAAGGCUUGGCGACCUCCCUUCAAUCUCUACAUCAAGAAGCAGAAGCCAUGAUCGCAGAGGAGAACCAUGCUGCCAAAAGACAGCGCACCAUGCAACCCAAGGACGAAGACCAAAAUAUGGCAUCUGGAGACGGAUCCAAGCCGCAUUUUGGCAAGGCUGGUUGA